AUGAGUUCUCUGAAGCGCAAAGAUGCGCCAGGCGGACAAUCCGCAGCAAAAUCGGCCAGGCCUGCUUCCGAGGGCAGACCGUCAAAACGCCCCAAAGCAGACAAGGCUUCGAAAGCAGACGCAAAGAGCGAGGCGAAACCUACGAAGACCUCGGAAUCCAAGCCCGUGAAGGCCCCGAUCAUAUCUCGCCUCAAAGAAGAGGAGCCCUUGUUUCCUCGUGGAGGCGGCAGCGUUCUAUCUCCCCUGGAGCAGAAGCAAAUCCAGGUUCAAGCCAAGGCGGACGCUCUAUUCGAAGAGCAGUCGGGAGCCAAUGCCAACAAAGCUGGCAAGGUUUCCAAGAAGAAGAAGGGAAAGUCUGCCACCAAAGGCGAGCCUCGUGAUAAUAAGGCAGUACACGAUGAAGACUCGGUAAAAAUUGAGAGCCUCAAUUUCAAGGUAAGCCCCCACGCCAGUACCACAAUUCUCAAGUUCCUCUUUCUAACAGCUUCGCAGCGUCUCGUCAAGGGCUCUUUGGUGCUUUGCCAAGUCUCUGAAAUUCAUGCACUUGACCUGGUCGUUACUCUACCGAACAAUCUCACGGGACAUAUCCCGAUCACCGCCAUUUCACAGACCCUUACCGAUCGAAUUGAAGCUGAGGCUGCCGACUCUGAUGACAGAACGGAUGAAGGUGCUGAAGAUGAUGUCGAGCUGUCCAAGCUCUUCGAGAUUGGUCAAUACCUCCGGGCCUUUGUCACAUCAACAAUUGAUGACAGUGCUACCAACUCAAGCAAGAACAAGCGUCGCAUCGAACUCUCACUGUUCCCGGAACUGGCCAAUUCCGGACUCUCUGAUCAGGACAUCGUCGAGAACUGUACAGUGAUGGCGUCAGUUCUGAGUGAAGAAGAUCACGGCUUUGUUAUGAGCCUAGGUUUUGAAGGAUCAGAGCUUAGAGCCUUCCUUCCAAAGAAGGAGGUUGAUACCGCCAUUGGCGAUGGCAGGUUGCAGCCUGGAUCUGCUGUUCUCUGUCUUGUCGUCAAGAAAAACGCCAAUGGCAAGGUUGUGCAGCUAUCCACCAAACAAAGCCAGCUCGGUAGCCCCAAGUCUGUCGCCACUGAAGCCCCGACAAUCAAAUCCUUCCUCCCAGGUAGUGUGGUUGACGUACUUGUUUCCGAAGUUUCGCGACGAGGAAUUGUUGGUAAAAUUCUGGGCCAUCUUGAUGUCACAGCUGACUCGACACACUCCGGAGCUGGACCAGAUGGGACAGAUUUGGAAGAGAAGUUUAAGGUUGGAGAAAAAGUCAAGGCCCGGAUCAUCUGCAACUUCCCUACCGCGUCGAACCCGAAGCUCGGCGUUUCUCUGCUCGAUCACAUCCUUACCCUGAAACAAAAGACGGUGAAGAAAACCAACAAGCAGCCCUUGGCAGUGAUGCCAAUUUCGUCCAUUGUUGAACAGUGCAAAGUCUGCAAAGUCGAGCAAGACAUCGGCCUUUGGGUUGAUAUCGGUGUGGACGGCGUGCCUGGCUUUGUUCAUAUCUCUCGUGUCAAGGAUGGAAAGGUUGACGCCCUGUACGAAUCCAGCGGUCCAUACAAAGUUGACUCCGUCCACCGCGCCCGCGUCAUUGGAUACAACUCCUUUGAUGGACUCUAUCUACUCUCUUUUGAGAAGACGGUUCUUGAGCAACCUUUCUUGCGCAUCAGCGACAUCCCGGUCGGCCAGGUCGUUCAUGGUGUAAUUGAGAAGUUGAUGAUCAAUGACGAGGGUGUAUCUGGCUUGAUUGUUAAGCUCGCAGAUGGUAUUUCUGGCUUGGUUCCGGAAAUGCACAUGGCAGAUGUGCGGCUGCAACAUCCCGAGAAGAAGUUCAAGGAGGGCAUGAAGGUCAAGGCUCGCGUCUUGUCAACCGACCCUGCCAAGCACCAGCUCCGCCUUACCCUGAAAAAGACUUUGGUCAAUUCAGAGGCCUCGCCGCUGUUCUCUUUUGAUCAGGUCUCUGUGGGUCUUCAGACGCCUGGCACCAUCAUCAACGUCCUUCACAAUGGCGCUGUUGUGCAGUUCUAUGGCUCUAUGAGAGGAUUCCUGCCUAUUUCCGAGAUGAGCGAGGCGUACAUUCAUGAUCCAAAGGAGCAUUUCCGGGUUGGCCAGGUUGUCAGUGUCCGCGUCCUCGACGCAGAGCCCGAAGCCAACAAGCUCAUUGUAUCAUGCAAAGAUCCGUCUGCAUUUGGCAUGGACAAGCAAUUGGCUCUGAAGAACCUGAAGAUCGGCGACAUUGUGGCCGCCAAGGUGACGCAAAAGACUGAGGAUGACAUCUUCCUAGAGCUGGAAGGGAGCCUUCUCAAGGCAACCUUGUCCGUCGGUCACCUCUCGGAUAAAUCGGCCAGCAAGAAUCAGUCGGCGUUGAAGAAGAUACACGUGGGACAGAUUCUCUCUAAUCUUGUCGUCAUUGAUAAGAAUGAGGGACGGCGCGCUCUUGUCUUGUCCCAGAAACCCAGCCUUGUGAAGGCCGGAGAAACUGGCGAGCUUUUAGCCACAUGGGAUGACGCCAAGGUUGGAGCUGUCGUUUCUGGAUUUGUCCGUAACGUUACCGCGACCGCCGCCUUCAUCCAAUUCGGAGGCAACCUCACUGCUUUACUGCCCAAGUCACUUAUACCAAGCAAGGCUCAGGGCGAGCAUGAUUUUGGACUGCACAAGUUCCAGUCUUUGGAGGUCAAGAUUGUCUCGGUUGACAAUGGAAGGCUGGUGGUAUCCAUCCCUUCUGAAGCGGACAAGACGCCAAAGGCAAAGACCGCCAAGAUCGUGGAGAAUCCGAUUGAUAAUUCCAUCAAGACACUCGAAGAUGUCACCGUCGGAAAGACUGUCAAGGCCAAGAUCACGGCGAUCAAGGAGACACAGCUCAAUAUCGCUCUUGCUGACAACAUCCAAGGUCGCAUCGCCAUUUCCGAGAUCUUUGACGAGUGGGAUGAGAUCCCAAGCGCCAAAGAGCCGCUGUCGAAAUUCAAAGUCAAGCAAGUCAUUGACGUUCGUGUACUUGGAGUUCAUGAUGCCAAAACUCACACAUUCCUCGCUAUUUCGCACAGGACAACACAAUCCCUCAUAGACUGCUCUAUCAAGCCGAGCACUUUGCGGAGCAAGGAGAGCCCCAAGCCAAUUUCUCUCGCUCAAGUUGAGGUAGACUCCAAGUGGCUGGGAUUCGUCAAUAAUCAUGGACCCAACUGCCUAUGGAUCAGCUUAACACCCACGCUCCGGGGUAGGCUCAACGCCCUUGAUGUGUCGGACGAUCUGUCACAGGUCAAAGACCUCGCCACAAACUACCCCAUAGGGACGGCCAUUCGUGUCCGAGUGACUGGCGUCGAUGCAGAGCACGGCCGCCUGGAUCUUUCAGCUCGCGCCCCUGGCGCAUCCGAAACCCUUACCUGGGACACCAUCAAGCAGGGCAUGGUUUUGCCAGGCAAGGUGACUAAGGUCAAUGAUAGGCAGGUUCUUGUUCAGCUCAGUCAGACAGUCUCGGGUCCCAUUCACCUUGUGGACCUUGCUGAUGAUUAUGAGUCUGCCACUACCCUACCCUACUCGAAAAACGAUAUCAUCCGGGUCGCUGUUGUGGAACUCGAUAAGAGCAACAAGAAGAUCAGGUUAUCUGCCCGGCCUUCGCGAGUUCUGAACUCCUCCCUUCCUGUAGAGGAUCGGGAGCUUGUCAAGGGGUCCAAGCUCGAGGCUGGAGAUAUCGUCCGGGGAUUCGUCAAGAACGUGUCAGACAAGGGCUUGUUCGUCAACUUGGGCGGUGACAUCACUGGAUUCGUUAGGGUGUCGGACCUGUCUGACCGGUAUCUGAAGGAGUGGAAGGACCACUUCCAGAUCGAUCAGCUUGUCAAAGCCAGAGUAGUUUCCGUGGAUGCCACAGUCGGCCACAUCUUGUUGAGCCUAAAGGCGUCCGUGAUCGACGAGAACUAUACUCCGCCUCGAACACUGGAGAGUUUUACUGAAGGCGAAAUCGUUACCGGCAAGGUUCGCAAGGCCGAGGAGUUUGGAGUGUUCAUCUUGCUCGACAACUCGGCCAACGUCAGCGGGCUAUGCCAUCGCAGUGAGAUGGCAGAGAAGCCGGUGAAGGAUGCCAGAAAGCUCUAUAAGGAAGGUGACAAGGUCAAGGCCAAGGUUCUUGCAGUCGACCCCAAGAAGAAGAGAAUCAACCUGGGCCUGAAGCCGUCAUAUUUCGAUGGUGAGGAUAGCGACAUGGAUGUCGACUCCGAUGAGGAAAACGCCGGUGCCGGCCUCGACUCCGAGGACGAGGAUAGCGAGGAUGAGGAUAUGCUGGAUGAUGGCGGGGCGGUGCUCAUUACCGGCACAGACAAUGACGAGCUCCUGUCUGACGAUGAGUCCUCAGAUGAGGACGUGGACAUGGUUGACUCGACCACAGCGACUGGGUCUGGACUUGAGGCGGGCGGAUUUGACUGGUCUGGCGCUGCUCUCGAUGAGGCCGAUGAUGGUCAAGAUGUAUCUGCAGAUGAGGAUGCUGGUGAUAAGAAGAAGACGAAGAAGAGAAAGGCCGAGAUCCAAGUGGAUCGGACGGCCAAUCUCGAUGCUCAGGGGCCACAAACAGCGAGCGACUUCGAACGACUUCUUCUGGGGCAACCCAAUUCGUCCGAGCUUUGGACUGCCUAUAUGGCAUUCCAGAUGAAGAUCAGCGAGCUAGCCAAGGCCCGAGAGAUCGCCGAGAGGGCUCUUGACACCAUCAACCCACGUGAGGAGACCGAGAAGUUCAACAUGUGGAUCGCCUACCUCAAUCUGGAAGUCGCUUACGGUACGGACGAAACUCUUGACGAGGUCUUCAAGAGGGCCUGCCAGUACAACGACAAGCAGGAGGUGUACGAACGACUGGCUCAAAGCUACAUCCAGUCGGCCAAGCACAGUAAAGCGGAUGAUCUGUUCCAGAGCAUGCUGAAACUAUUCGGCUCCAAGACUCCCAAAGUGUGGCUUGACUAUGCGCACUUCCUGCAUUACGAUCUCGAGGCUCCCGAGAGAGCCCGUGCUCUGCUUCCCCGCGCUAUGCAAAGACUGGAGAAGCACGAACACCUCACGCUCAUGACCGAAUUCGCGUCUAUCGAGUUCCAGUCGCCAAGCGGCAACCCCGAGCGGGGUCGAACCAUCUUCGAGGGCAUUCUGGACCAAUGGCCCAAACGAGCCGACCUAUGGGGCCGCCUGCUCGACCUGGAGAACUCGUACUUCAGGGCGGAACGGGCCAAGGGUAAAGAUGGAGAGGCAGACCCUACAGUCAUCCGAGACCUCUUUGAGCGGCGCACCAGAGCCAAGGGCCUCAAGCCUAGGGUGGCGAUGAAGUGGUAUGAACGGUGGGGCAAGUGGGAGGAGGAGCACGGUGAUGCGAAGAGCAAGGAGAAGGUGCGGGCCAAGGCCAAGGAGUGGGUGGCGGAGGCAGAGAAGCGCAAGGCCGAAAGGGAGGCCGAGGCCGAGGCUGAUGACGAGUAG